AUGGGAAAAUAUUUCAAUGUGCUCGGUCACUUUUUCUCGGUCUACUGUAUAUGGAAAAUAUUCAUUUGCACAGUGAAUAUUGUGUUUGAUCGUGUCGGAAAAGUGGAUCCUGUGACGAAGGGCAUCGAAAUCGGUGUAAAUUGGAUGGGAAUCGAUCUUGACGUACGCUUCUGGUCACAGCACAUUUCGUUCCUUCUUGUUGGUGUCAUAGCAGUUACAUCGAUAAGAGGAUUGUUAAUCACGCUGACGAAAUUCUUCCUAGCAAUUUCCAGCUCAAAGUCGUCGAACAUCAUCGUCUUGUUGCUAGCUCAAAUAAUGGGCAUGUACUUCGUUUCAAGCGUGCUGUUGAUGCGAAUGAAUAUGCCGCAUCAGUACCGGAAAAUCAUAACGGAAGUGUUGGGCGAUCUUCAGUUCAACUUCUAUCAUCGCUGGUUCGAUGUUAUAUUUUUGAUCUCUGCUUUAUCAAGUAUAGUAUUUUUGUAUUUGGCUCAUAAGCAAGUUCCUGUUCAUUGA